GUACACCCCUCAAUAAUGCCUCCAGGGGGUCCAUGAGAAGGGAAGAAGGAACUCCCCCUUUGACGGACACACGCUUAACUUGCCCGGCCAUGGAAUGUGUGCAGGUUGCCCCCAUGCAGCAGCAGCAACAAGGAAAAGUUGCUGAGGGGGACUGUCUCCUGCUGCUGCUUCCUGAUGUGCAAAAGGAGGAGGCUGAGGCCGUGCUGAGGGCUUCAGACCCUUGGGCUGCCUCCCAGGAGGACAGUGGCCAAGGCGGGAUGAAGCUCCAAGAUACAGUGGACUUCUCAUCUCAUCUCCAAAAUCUGGACAGCCUUCACUCCCCAUGUAACUCUCCCGCUCUAGGGAGUAAUCCCGACGGAGGUACAGUGGACCAUUCUGCUACAAAGGAGGAUUUGCGAGAGACUGAUGAUGAGGCAGGGGAGCAGUUGCCACCAGCUGGGAAAGAGUCAUCAGGCCUUCUGGUUCAGGAAGCUUUGGUGGUUAGCGAGGUGGCUUGUGGCAAGGCCUCUUUGGCCACAGAGGCGGAUAUAACUGCCCGAGGAUGCCUUAGGGACGCUGAAAAAUCUUCCCUGCAAAAUAGCUGUUGGCAGGAAAAAUCAGAAUCCCCUACUCAGAACUGUAGCUUAGAUGUGGAUGCAACAGCAAGUGGAGAAAGCCCUCAGGAUGACUUGUCAGACCAGGCCUUUGCACCUGCCGAAGAUGGAAAGCUCAAGCCUGGGGCAAAGCAUGUCACAUUCCCUUCAGACGAAGAUAUCGUGUCGGGAGCAGUGGAACCCAAAGAUCCUUGGAGACACGCUCAGAACGUGACUGUGGAAGAAAUUCUCACUGCCUACAAGCAAGCCUGUCAGAAGUUAAACUGCAAACAGAUUCCCAAACUACUUAAGCAGAUCCAGGACUUCAAGGACCUGACUCCCAGGAUAGAUUGCCUGGAUCUGAAAGGUGAGAAGCUGGACUACAAGACCUGCGAGGCCCUGGAAGAGAUCUUUAAGCGCCUCCAGUUCAAAAUUGUGGAUCUGGAGCAAACCAACCUGGACGAAGAUGGUGCUUCAGCGCUGUUCGAUAUGAUUGAAUACUAUGAGUCAGCCACGCACCUCAACAUCUCCUUCAACAAACACAUUGGCACACGAGGCUGGCAGGCAGCUGCUCACAUGAUGCGGAAGACAAAUUGUCUCCAGUACUUGGACGCUCGCAACACCCCCUUGCUGGAUCACUCGGCUCCCUUCGUGGCACGUGCCCUGCGCAUCAGCAACAGCCUAGCCGUGCUGCACCUGGAGAACGCAAGCCUGUCCGGGCGCCCCCUCAUGCUGCUGGCGACCGCUCUGAAAAUGAAUGUGAACCUGCGAGAGCUUUACCUGGCUGAUAACAAGCUGAACAGCCUCCAGGACUCGGCUCAGCUCGGCAACCUCCUGAAAUUCAACUGUUCCAUUCAGAUCCUAGACCUGAGGAACAACCACAUCCUGGACUCAGGGUUGGCCUAUGUCUGUGAGGGGUUGAAGGAGCAGCGGAAAGGCCUGGUCACACUGGUGCUGUGGAACAACCAGCUAACUCACACUGGCAUGGCUUAUAUGGGGAUGACGCUGCCUCACAUGCAGAGCCUGGAGACUCUGAAUCUGGGGCACAACCCCAUUGGCAAUGAAGGUGUCCGCAACCUGAAGAACGGGCUCAUCAGCAACCGCUCGGUGCUCCGGCUGGGCUUGGCCUCGACAAAGCUGACGUGUGAAGGUGCAGUGGCAGUGGCUGAGUUCAUCGCUGAGAGUCCCCGCUUGCUCCGGCUGGACCUGCGAGAAAAUGAGAUCAAAACUGGGGGGUUGAUGGCCUUAUCCUUGGCCCUGAAGGUCAACCACUCCCUGCUCAGACUGGACCUCGACAGGGAGCCCAAAAAGGAAUCGGUGAAGAGUUUUAUUGAGACACAGAAAGCCCUCCUGACAGAAAUCCAGAACGGCUGCAAGCGUAACUUUGUCCUUGCCAAAGAGAAGGAAGAGAAGGAGCAGAAGCUCCAGCAGUCUGCCUCAAUGCCCGAAAUCACCAUCACUGAACCCCUCGAAGAGGGUCCUGUGGAGGACGGCGGGCCCAACGGCAAUGUGACACCCACGCUGGAAGAGGGAGAGGAAGUCAGAGAGACGUUAAUGGCCCAACAAAAUGGGGCCCAAGAGAAGACGGCCGUUGAUGGCAACAACGAGUCAUCCGAUUCAGACACAGACGAAGAAGACAACGAAAAGCUGGAGAUGAAGCGUCUCGCUGAGCCGCAGAAACACAGUGAGCCAGAGCGUGGAGAUUCCCCCAAGCCACGUUCUUCCCCCGAAAAGGCUGAGGAGGCCCUUAGCUCUGAAAUCAGAGUCCCCCAGCUGAACACUACAGAAGAAAUAAAAUGUGAAUCGAGAGGGGAAGUUACGAGUGGGGCCCCAGCGCAAACCAGCUCUCCUGGGAAUGAGCGGCGGAUCGCAGUUUCCAGCCCUGGCCGAGGCCAUAAAAUCUUUGUGGUGACGCGGGUGGAGAGCCUGCCGGAGAAGAGUGUGCGGCAAGAGGGCGAGCCUCUUCUGCAGGCGGACCCGCCAAAGCUGGCUAACCCUCCCGCCCAGACCCAGCUAACAAAGACGGACUGCUUGGACAGGCGGGCGCAUGAGUCUGUCUCCAUGUCAACAGCUGUCUCUGAAACGUUGCCCUCUGUACUGAGCUCUGGCUUAGGUACCGACAAUAUGAACUCUGGGCUUUGCAUGAGCGCAGUUCACAGUGUUCUGCUGCCUAACGGACUAAAGACGGAGUUUGCCCAUGCACUACCAGACGCAUCCUUGGGGCGCGACUGCAAAAUGGCCAGUUGCGCUGCGGAACAUGAACUGAGCUGUUCCAAGAAUGAUAAGGAGCUUGAGGAAUUGCUCUUGGAAGCGAGCCUAGAGAUGGGGCAGGAACCAAUGUGAUGCUUU